CCUCUUGUGCGGGGGACGUGGAGUGGCAAUCCAACGACAGUGUGGUGUAAAGGAAUUCAUUAGCCAUGGAUGUAUUCAUGAAAGGACUUUCAAAGGCCAAGGAAGGAGUUGUGGCUGCUGCUGAAAAGACCAAACAGGGUGUGGCAGAAGCAGCAGGAAAGACCAAAGAGGGUGUUCUGUAUGUAGGGUCCAAAACCAAGGAAGGAGUGGUCCAUGGGGUGACAACAGUGGCAGAGAAGACCAAAGAGCAGGUGACAAAUGUUGGUGAGGCAGUGGUGACAGGUGUGACAGCAGUUGCACAGAAAACGGUGGAAGGAGCAGGGAAUAUCGCAGCUGCCACUGGCUUUGGCAAAAAGGAUCAGAUGGGAAAGGGUGAAGAAGGAGUCUCACAGGAAGGAAUUCUUGAAGACAUGCCUGUGGAUCCUGAUAAUGAAACUUAUGAAAUGCCUUCUGAGGAAGGGUACCAAGAUUAUGAACCUGAAGCCUAAGAAGUCCCUCUUCUCCCAGCUUCCUGAGAUCUGCUGACUGCUGUUCCAUCUUUUACCAGUGCUCUGUUCCAAUGUGCCCAGUCGUGACAUUUUCUCAAAGUUUCUACAGUGUGUUUUGAAGUCUUCCAUCAGCAGUGAUUGAAGUAGCUAAACCUGCCCCAUUCAAUGUUUCAGUGCUUCCUUCUUACUGAAAUGAAUACAUGCUGGCAGGGUUCUUGUGUGCUGUGGAUAUUGUGGCUUCAAAUUCAAAAUGUUAAAACAAAACACCCAAGUGAAUACCACGUAUUUCUAAAUAUUCACUAUUUUUUGUUGUUG